AUGGCGAACCUGCAAGUGACCGUGGAGGCGCCGAUCAACAUUGCCUUCAUCAAAUAUUGGGGAAAACGGGCGGGUGGGGAGAAACUGAUUCUCCCCGCAAAUGAUUCCUUCAGCAUUACCCUCUCCACUCAUCCAUUCCGCACCAAAACGUCAGUGGUACUUCGCGAUGAUUUGGAAGAAGACACGCUUAUAAUUAACGGAGAGAAAUCGGAUGUGCGAAGUACGCCUCGAAUUCAAUCGGUGUUGGAAUAUGUGCGGAGUACGUGCCCUGAUGAGCUAAAAAACAAACGGGUUUAUAUUGUCUCCGAGAACAACUUUCCCACCGCAGCUGGAAUGGCAUCUUCCGCGAGUGGGUACUGCGCUCUUGCGGCGGCGUUAGUGCGGGUCUUUAACUCUACUGCAAAUGUGUCGAUGCUUGCUCGAAUGGGAUCCGGGAGUGCCUGUCGCAGCACCCUUGGUGGCUUUGUGAUUUGGCAUAAGGGGGAAAAAGAAGAUGGGAGUGAUUGCGUGGCAACUCAAUUUGUUGACGAAAAUUACUGGCCUGAGAUGCAGGUCUUGUGCGCCGUUCUCCAGGGGGAGAAGAAAAACACUUCAAGCACGGCAGGAAUGCAGCAAUCUUUGCAGACUUCUCCACUGAUGCCCAAACGCAUUGCCACCACUGUCUCUGAGCGUAUGCGAACUGUCUCCGAGGCAAUUAAGGCGAGGGAUUUUUACACAUUUGCACAAAUCGCAAUGAGUGAAUCGGAUGACCUGCAAGCAAUAUGUGCUACGACGCAGCCUCAGAUUCAGUAUGCUACGGAGGACAGUUAUGCGAUGAUACGUCUUGUGAAAACUUAUAAUGCCAAAAAGGGCCAUCCCACAUUGGCAUAUACGUUUGACGCGGGGGCGAAUUGUUUUUUGUUUGUUCUUGAAAAAGAUCUUCCAGAGGCGGUGGCAAUGUUAAUGCAACACUUCCCAACCCCAUCCGAACGAUUUUACUUCCAUGACGCGAUGUUGCUGCAAAAGAUCCAGGAGGCCACCGUGCCUCACGAGUAUGAAAACAUCAUAGAUUAUCCGAAAAAACCGUUUGUUAUGCUCCUUCAGUCGCCCGUUGGGUCGGGUGUGCGUUAUCUCUCGGAGGGGGAGUCCCUCAUUUCUUUGUAG